CGCGUCGCCACGUCGGGGGCGGGGCCGGCGCGCGCGGGAAGUGCUUGCGGGCGGCCGGCCGGCCGGCGGGCGCGCGUUAUGGCCCAGUCGGUGCCCGGCUACUCGCCCAGUUUCAAAAAGCCGCCCGAGCUAUUGCGGCUCCGAAGGAAAAGGGCCCAGAACCGUGGGGUCGCCGUCUCCUCGCCUCCUGAGCUGCCUGAACCGGCGCCUCGCCGCGCUGCCUCGGCCGGGCUGCCCCUCCGCCCCUUCCCGGUCGCGGUAGGCAGAGGCGGCGCUGGGGGCCCUGCCGCGACCCGAAGGAACCCCUUCGCUCGCUUGGACAACCAGCCUUGGGCUGCCGCGGAGCCCCCCGACGGGCCGCCUGGCGGCCAGCAGGAGGCGCCGGACCCGUUUUUAGAUUCUCAUCAAGAAAAUGACUUGCUAUGGGAAGAGACAUUGCCUGAAAGAAAAACUGUUACUCAAUUACCCCAGACUCCCCACAUAGUAUUCUCCAAUUCUGAUAUUGCAUCCUCAGAAAGUACUGAGUUACCUGUGGACUGGAGUAUUAAAACUCGGCUCCUUUUCACCUCUUCUCAACCCUUUACCUGGGCAGAGCAUUUGAAAGCACAGGAAGAGGCCCAAGGUCUCAUCCAACAUUGUAGGUCAACUGAAGUUACUUUGCCUCAAAGUAUUCAGGAUCCCAAACUCUCCACUGAGCUCCGCUGUGCCUUCCAACAGAGCCUUAUUUAUUGGGUCCACCCUGCCUUCCCUUGGCUACCACUGUUCCCUCGUAUUGGAGCUGAUAGGAAAAUGACUGGAAAGACAAGCCCAUGGUCAAAUGAUGAAACUCUGCAACAAAUUUUAAUGAGUGACUGGUCUGUGAGCUUUACUUCUCUCUAUAAUCUGCUGAAGACAAAACUUUGCCCCUAUUUCUACGUUUGUACCUAUCAGUUUACUGUCCUAUUCCGAGCAGCAGGAUUAGCAGGAAGUGAUGUGAUCACAGCUCUCAUAUCUCCUACAACUCGAGGUUUAAGAGAAGCUAUGAAAAAUGAAGGUAUUGAAUUUUCUCUGCCUUUAAUAAAAGAAAGUGGCCCUAAGAAGAGAGCAUCUGGAACAAGCUUGGGAUAUGGGGAGGAGCAAGCAAUCAGUGAUGAGGAUGAAGAAGAGGAAAGUUUUUCCUGGCUGGAAGAGAUGGGUGUGCAAGAUAAAAUUAAAAAACCAGACAUACUCUCUAUCAAGCUACAUAAAGAGAAACAUGAAGUAGAAAUGGAUCACAGACCUGAGUCUGUUGUGUUGGUGAAAGGAAUCAACACCUUAACGUUGCUCAAUUUUUUGAUAAACUGUAAGAGUUUAGUUGCUACCUCAGGUCCACAGGCAGGGCUUCCACCAACCAUCUUAGCCCCUGUGGCUUUCCGAGGUGCUACAAUGCAAAUGCUUAAGGCCCGAAGUGUAAAUGUGAAGACACAAGCUCUUUCUGGAUAUAAAGCUCAGUUUAGUUUGGAAAUCACAGGUCCUGUCAUGCCUCAUUCUCUACAUUCUGUGACCAUGCUACUGAGAUCUUCACAGAGCGGGGCUUUCUGUGUAGGACUGUAUCCGCAUGAACCAACUGCUGUAUUUAAUAUUUGCCUACCAAAGAACAGAGUACCAGACAAGGAGGUUGUACAUAAGGAGCUUGCUAACUGUGGUUUACACCCUAAGACUUUGGAGCAACUUAGUCAAAUACCAUCACUGGGGAAGUCAUCUUUACGGAAUGUUGAAAUGAGAGACUACGUUUAUAACUGGAGAUCCUAAACACCAAAGUAAGCCUAAAAGGAAUCUUUGAGGAAAAAAGCCUUCUAGCAAGGAAAUUCAAGAUUUUUGAAGUUAAAGAAAGGAAUAUACUUAAAAAUAUUGACAUGUUUGUAACAUUUAACUUUUUCCAUUAACUUUUAUUACAUGCAGUGAAUAGGAGCAUCAAGGUUUUAAAUCAUUUUCUGCUUUUACUAUUUUCAGAUUAGAUUUUAAGAUAUGACAAUAACUCACUUUAAAAAAAAAAAAAACCCUCAAGUAAACGUGGAUGAGAAAUCCAUAUCCCUACAACCUAAUUGUAAACCAAGUAGAAAACUGAACGUGUUAUGGGAAACUGAAAUUAAAACUGUAGCAAUUAUCUUAUGGCAUUGUGACAAACAGCAGAACAAAAUUAUGUUAUAUUAAUAUUUACCCAAUAUUAUUCGCAAGUUCUUGUUUUACAAAGGUAGAAAAUAAAUAACACUAUCUACUGAGCUGACUGUUGAUGCUUCUACCUUAGCAUCUUACCUACUGAUUUAUGAUUAUUCUCAAGUAUACUUAAAUUUGUCUUUUUUAAUGCAUUAAGGGUAUUUUAUAUUCUACAUAGAAUAGUUAGGGAAGUUGUAAACUUCUGCUUAACUAUCAUGGUAAAGUAUUUUAA